AACAGCCUAUGCUAAGUUUUCAUAUUUUGUUGUGUUGAGUGAGAGAAUGAAAUACCAGAUGUUUCUUGGCUCCUACAGUGGUGAUGCCGGUGAUUCACUUACGUACCACAACGGUUCACGUUUCUCAACAGAAGAUCAAGACAACGAUGCAAAUUCGAAAAGUUGUUCUACUGAAUAUGGUGGUGAUGGCGGAUGGUGGUUUAAUACGUGUGUCCACAGUAACUUAAACGGUGUUUACCACAAGAGUGGUAAAUCUUCAAAAUCUUGGAGAGGAAUUAGUUGGAACAAUUUUGGUGGUUCAACUGUUUCACUAAAAAGAACAACGAUGAAAAUUAGACCUUCUUAUUUUGCUAUUCCUCUUUGAAUUAGCAUUUUUUG